GCCGAUUCAGUGUGUCUCAAAGCGUCGUCGUCGUCGGUGAUCGCGCGUUUGUUGUCGUUGUCGUAGUUGCGCUUUAACGGUUUUUGCAGGCGCUCAGUCUACGCAUUUCAGUAAAAAUACAGCUCACCCCGUCUUCCAAAUCAACGCGCUAAUAAUAAAUAAAAACAAAAAUUGUCAAUUUUGAAACCAACAACUACCAAUUAUCCAACGAGCAACACACGACAAACAUGUAUGUGCCAUCAUAGGAGGACCGUGAACAUAUGUUUUGGAGCAGUAUCAUAGCCAAUAAGUAAAGCCCGGAACUGGAAAUUCUAAUAUAUGCCUACAUAUAUAUUUAUGUAUAUGGACUAUAGACAGAUGAUAUACACACUUAUUUUACAGAGCAGCGCAUAGAAUUAAAGAAAUCACAUCAGAUUUAUAAAGCAACACCCCCGCACACAUACUACACACACACCAACACACAUACACACACAAUGGGCAAGGACUACUAUAAGACUUUAGGCAUCACAAAAACUGCCACCGAUGACGAGAUCAAAAAGGCCUACAGAAAAUUGGCGUUACGUUAUCAUCCUGAUAAAAAUAAAGCGGCAAAUGCUGAAGAGAAAUUCAAAGAGGUCGCCGAGGCAUAUGAAGUGCUCUCCGAUAAAAACAAACGUGAGGUCUAUGACAAGUACGGCGUGGAUGGACUGAAGAGUGGAGGCGCUCGUAAUGGCGGCGGUGGAGGCGGAAAUACAUUUACAUAUCAGUUCCAUGGCGAUCCUCGGGCCACAUUCGCACAGUUCUUUGGCAAUAGCAAUCCGUUCUCAUCGUUCUUCGAUAUGGACGAUAAUCUGUUCGAUAAGAAUGUGUUCGAUUUGGAUACGGAGCCAGAUUUUUUCUCAUCGCCAUUUGGUGGUCUGGGCUCAAGGCAUGGCCUAGGCAGCGCCUUCAGGCCCUCUUUUAGAUCACACUCCUUCAAUGUGCACACCCCCUUUAAAAAGGAACAGAAACAGGAUCCGCCCGUUGAGCAUGAUCUCUAUGUGACGCUGGAGCAGAUCUAUCAUGGCUGUGUUAAGAAAAUGAAAAUCUCACGUUAUGUCGUCCAGCCCGAUGGUAGCUCGAAAAAGGAGGAUAAAGUCCUGCAAAUAUCUAUUAAACCCGGCUGGAAAUCAGGCACCAAAGUCACGUUCCAGAAGGAGGGCGACCAGGCGCCCGGCAAAAUACCCGCGGAUAUUGUGUUCAUCAUCAGGGAUAAGCCCCAUACCAUGUUCAAGCGAGAGGGCAGCGAUUUGCGAUAUACGGCGAGGCUGACACUCAAGCAGGCGCUUUGCGGCGUUGUCUUUCAAGUUCCUACAAUGUCUGGCGACAAGCUGCGCAUUAGCACCAUGCAGGAGAUCAUCAAGCCGAACACUGUGAAACGCAUCCAGGGCUAUGGCCUGCCCUUCCCAAAAGAUACGACGCGCAAGGGCGAUCUGCUGGUUGCUUUCGAUAUACAAUUUCCGGCGAAAUUGACUGCCGAGCAAAAGGAGGUGCUCAGAGACUUGUUCUAGAACCCACAUAGAAGAGAUGAACAGAAGAAGAAGAUGAAGAAAUGCCGCCUUUAACCACGACACACAGCACAAAGCACGACUCACUCAACUCUGCAAUCCAGUCUGCCCUCGUUUCCUGCUCUUCUGCUGCUAGUUAGUCAUACUAAAACCAAAUUCUUUUACCUUCACGAUUGAGCAUUGAAUGUGUCAUCAAAUUUUAAAAUAAUUCGCGUUGCAAUAUUUUUACUUUUUUUUAUAUAUAAUAAAUAAAUAAAAAAAUCAAUCC